GCAACCAACAUAUAAAAUAAGUACAAAGACGCCACUUUCAAAGUGUACUUUAAAUUGAUCGCUGGCAAUCAAUUGUUUUAUAUUGGCGCGAAUUAUCAAGCGAUUUAUCAAAUUUGUCCGAUUUUUUAAACUGACGUUUUUAAGAAAAACAGCCAAAAUAAGCAAUCCAAAGGAUACGAGUAUGCCACCCAAGUGUAAAUUUCAAGAAGGGGAGAAGGUCCUCUGUUUUCAUGGGCCAUUAAUUUAUGAAGCAAAAUGUCUAAAGUCCUCCAUUACUAAGGAAAAACAGAUCAAAUAUUUCAUUCAUUAUGCUGGUUGGAAUAAAAAUUGGGACGAGUGGGUUCCGGAAAGUAGAGUUCUUAAAUACAAUGAAGCAAAUGUGCAAAGACAAAGAGAGGUUCAAAGAGCACAUUCUAAUCAGCAAUCUGCGCAAAAGGCCAAAAAGGGCAGCACCUCCUCUAAAACUCAAGGACGUAGAAGUGAAGGUGUACGUGAAAAAGACACAGAUAGUAGAGCAAGCACUCCUGUUGCGACAGUUGAUAAAGGUGUUAGUCGGUUUAGCAAAGGUACAAGUAGUAGCGUAACUCCAUCAUCAUCUCAUGAUACUUCGUUAGAAGCUCCGCGUAAGAAGCGCAGCCGUUUAGAGCCAUCGGGUGAAACAGAAGAAUAUCUCACCAAAGUAGAGGUUAAAAUUAAAAUCCCAGAGGAAUUAAAAUUUGUACUUAUAGAUGAAUCAGAAGUUAUACUGAAACAUCAUAAAUUACCUGCUUUACCUGUAAAGAAUACGGUUGACAAAAUUUUAGAUGAUUAUGUUGAAUCAAAAUCGUUAGGAAAAAAUGACUCUGUCAGAGAAAGUACACUAGAAAUAACUAAAGGAAUUCGUGAAUAUUUUAAUAUAUCCCUAGGCUUGCAAUUAUUAUAUAAAUGGGAGCGGCCACAAUUCAUACAGAUUAUGAAUGAUAAUCCUGAAACACUGCCUAGCCAAUUAUAUGGUGCAUUUCACUUAUUAAGGCUAUUUGUAAGACUUGGUGGAAUGUUGUCAUACACCACACUGGACGAAAGAAGUAUACAGUUGCUGCUAUCACAUUUUCACGAUUUCUUGCAGUAUUUGCAAAAAAAUAAUACCGAAUUAUUCAAUUUGCAGCAAGACUAUGCGGAUUCACCACCCGAUUAUCAUAGGAAAUAUGCCUAAUUUAGUAUAAAUAAAUUUAUAUAUUUAAUUACACGAAGCAAUACUGUAACUUCUGAUUACUUUAUACGGCAGCUGCAAUAUUUGUUCGAAAAAUAUCUAUACUAAAUACUGUUGUAAUUACUUUCUAUACAAAAUAGGUUAUUGUAAAAAGGAACAAAUUUUACAUAUUGUUAAAUAUUGCCCAAAACAAUUCUAAAAUGUGAACUUGAUUUUCAGUUGACGAAAUGUACAGAAAAGAUAUAAUACGUUUAAUGAUACAUGUUUUAAUUUAAAUU